UGUGUGGUAUAUUAUUUUUUAUAUAUAGAGCCACACCACCGCCAAAUCUGUUACGAUCAAAACGAACAAUUGUAUAAUUAUCAAUAUGAAUUUCUGCAUCCAAAAUUGAGGAGUCGAUUUUAGUCUCAUUAAUGGCCAAAGUGGCCACGUUUAUACCUCUAAAUUCACAGUAUUCCUUUGGGUUCUCGACUUUUGGUAAAGGAUCUAUAUGAGCAAUUUUCCAAAAGGUAGGCCAUGUGGACGUAGAGAGAGAUUCAUUCCAAAUCUUGGUUAUAACAGGUGCAAAUACAUCAGCGUUUUCUUUCCAUACCCAAAAUGGGAUUUCAUCAGGGCCUGUUGCAGUUUUCCUUAUUUUCAACAAAGCGUUCUUGACCUGGGUUAUGCUAAAUUGGGGAGCUUUUAUUGUCAUUGAAUCUAUCUCCAUCAACAUUGGCUGUUCAUAGUCUCUAUCCCAACAUAACUCUCCAAAGUAAUCGUUCAAGUUUUCUUUGACCUCCUUGUCAAGUAUAGUAUGUGCUCGAGUCCUCGUAUAAUAUGUGCUCGAUAUUAUUUUUUGCUUAGGUGAUAAAAAAUUGGACUACAGCAGUAUCAACAUGUACCUAAGCCACAUUAAAAAAACAAGUAUUAUAAUUGAGUUGCAUUGAAUUUGUCAUUUUAUUUAAUUGAAGUAGGGAAAUUUCUGUGUAGUUGCAUGACCAGUUAUAACCCUCGACGACAUUUAACUUCAAAGCCAUUUAUUUCUAAAAUUUCCAGAUAUGGCGAGUUUGGAAAAAAAUAAAAAGUACACAGAAGUGACGGGAAUUGCUUUCUUCAAAAUUUUUACUCGUUACCUUAAAAAAAGUAAUAAUUAAUCGAAAGUAAUUGGUGAUUAUUACACCAUUCGGGGUAAAAUAAGGCUCAAAUUGUUGGUUUAAAUAGUUUUUAAAUGUGUUUGACUCAAGCAAUAUUUCUCGUGGGCCUAUAACCUUUUCUUGGUCUCGAAAUUCUACCAAUAAAUCUGCAACUUUGCCAAUUAUUUCUUUAAAUAAUUCUGCGCAUGUUCACUGGGGCUAGUUGUUAGUGGCGUAGUCAGCCCGACAAUUUAGUCCCGCUAUGCAAAUUCAAAAUUAUUAUCAGUAUUCAUUUCUUUAGAAAUUGAUUGUUUUCACAGUCAAUGAACACGAUAAUAUUUGUAUAGCGGACUAAAUCGUCGGGCUGGCUACGCUACUGCUAGUUGUGCGAAGGUCGAAUAUCUGUAGUGAUUUCUUGAACCGUUGUAAAAAAAUGCUUGAAAAGCGAUAAAUCUAGUACGGAUAUCGGAUACAAUUAAUGAAAAGAAACUUUGAUUUAUAAAUACUAGAGUUUUAUCUAGGUUAUACCAAUAAACGGAAAAUUUUAGAAAACUUGAAAGAAUGACCAUCCUGUGGAUAGCGCCUUUCAUCCCUUCGUGCAAUUUAUUGGCAUGGAAAAAUACAUCUAUAUAUAUAAAAUACACUAGUAAUACCUAUCACAAAAUGGUAUGCCAAUGAUAUAUUCCACUUUUUUGCUACAUCCUGUGUAAAUAGAAUAUUCCUAUCAUUAUUUUUUCUAGCAACCGGUUUACCUCCAGCAGUGAGUGUGUGUCCGACCAGAUCAAUCACCGCCAGUGCUAUUGGUCGUGUCCAUUCCCCUGGAUUCGCUGAUAACUAUGGCGCCAAUCUGAACUGUAAGCUUACCCUGGAUGUGCCUUCAAAAAAGGCAGUUGAAAUUUCCUACAACUUUUACCAUAUUGGAUGUAAGUACAACCGUAAUAUAUGUGAAUGGUAUUUCCAACUUAUAUAUGUGAAUGAUAUUUCCAACUUAUAUAUGUGAGGGAAAGACCUUACUAAACUGAUUCUUACUAAAUUGAGUGAUAAAUUGCAAAACUUCAAAAUAGAGCCGCACGUGUUAUAACACGUUCUUCCCAUGAUGCUUCAUCUAGCUCUGUACUUGAAGAACUUAGAUGGAAUAAUUUAUAUACUAACCGUAAAAUGCAAAAAGCAAUUCUCAUGUAUAAAGUCACGAACAAUUUAACACCUAUGUAUCUACAAGAUUUGUUUGUAACUAGAGUUAGUCACUAUAGUCUCAGAGCUUCUGAAGGCAAACUGUUUCUCCCUAAACCUAGAACGGAUUAUCUUAAGCGCUCGUUUAGUUAUAGUGGAGCUUCAUUAUGGAAUAGCUUGCCUGAAUCUGUGGGAUCAUCUUUAUCACUUUCAUCUUUUAAAAGAUCUUUAAAAACUAAUAAUGCUAUUUAACUUUUGUCCGACUCCCACACGGCAACCUGGUAAAACAGUAGCCCCAUAUUUGUUAUAUUUUUAUAUAUAUACUAUGUGAAUCCAAAUAUUUUUGACUAUUUUUAUUAUGUAAUAUUACUUAAGGUUUACCGUGUUUUAAAUAAAGGCGAUGUAUGUAUGUAUAUGUAUGUAUGUAUUCAGAUUACAAACCAAGAGCUCAGUGUUAUAGCCACCUAGUCAGUAGCAAAGGGGGAGGGAGGGGCUAGGGGGAUAUCCCCCUCCCCACCAAUUAUUUUUUGCCCCCCACCCCAUUUUGCCCCUCCCCCUGAAAAAAUAUUAUUAGUCACUAAGAGCGACUAAAGGCUACACAAGCGUUUUGGAGUUUUUUUCGGAAAAUGUAUGGCUUAUAAGUUGUCCUUACUCAUUAGUGAAUGCGCGCAUACAUGAAACUGUUUUUUACAGUUUCAAGAUUAGUUUGUAAAUCUCUGAAUGGUAAAACUUGCCAAUACUCCAAUAAUACGUUUCAAAAGAGACAUAAAAGGUUUAAUUUUGCAGAGUUAAAUUCUCAAACGUGUAAGGCACUAAUAAGAUGAAAGUAUCACGAAAUUAUUUGAAUAAACCACGUCGCAUAUAUGGGGGGUGAAUAUCCUAAAGGGGGCGAUAUUCCUUCGGUAUUAGCCCCUCCUGUGGGGGGGGAGACCUUUUCAAAAAUUCUAUCAUGCCCCCCACCACCCAAAAAAUAUGAGUUUGCCCCUCAAAUCCCCCCACCCCCCAAAUUCUGAGGCCUAGCGCCGCCACUGCACCUGGUUUAAAUCAAACAAACUUUCGUUAACUCUGAAGAAAACUAAAUGUAUUAUUUUCUUUGCUAGAAACAAGCACUAUACAAAAACAACUGCAUGAUAUUAAGGUAGAUAACAAACUGAUCGAACAGGUUAGUUCUAUAACAUUCCUUGGUGUUCAUAUUCAUGAAAAUCUUGAUUAGAAGCCACAUAUCAAUAGCGUUUCUCUAAAAAUGUCAAAAUCCAUUGGUGUUAUAAAUAAUAUUAAGUCAUUAAUUUAAUUUCAGCCACAGCACGUCGAUCACAAUACUGCACGCUUGUUUUUACCAUAAAUACAAUAUUGUAACAUUACCUGGGCUAAAACAUAUAGUACAAAUCUAGGAAAAAAUUUUAAACUGCAAAAACGUACUGAUACAAACAAUUGCUAACGUUGGAUUCAGAGAUCACACAAAGCCCUUUUUUUUUAAGCUGAAAUUAUUGACUGUUUAUGACAUAAAUAAAUGCCAAACUGGAGCCUUUAAAUUUAGAUGCAUUAACUACCCACGUACUCUUCAACCGAUCUUCCAAACCUAUACUUUGUUCAUAAUGAUGAAAUUCACAACUAUAUAAUACCAGAACUGCCAGCAAACUACAUAUAUGUCACUCAAGUAAGAACCAAAACUAGAAAAAUGACCCUAAGACAAAGCGGGACCCUAUUCUGGAAUUCGCUUGAUGACACUAUCACUCUGUCAAAAUCAUUUCAAAAAAAGCUCAAAUAUUUAUUAAUAUUUGGUGAAGCGAAGAAAAGCUGAAUUAAUUGGUUUAUUUUGGAUAAGAAACCCUGCUCAGUUUGUACUCGACCUUCGUAAAAUUGGUGAUUGGCAUUCUCUACAAACUCCCUGGGGUUUUAUUUCUACCAAUCUCCAUCCAUAUUACCUUUUAUAUACUCUUUCCUUCUAUUUUAUAAGUACUGUUUAAUAAACGAGCAGGAGUGUCUUAUUAGGUUUAAAGCAACGAGCGCCCAGGGCGAGUGACUUUAGACCUAAUAAAACAAGACCUUCGAGUUUAUUAAUUAAACGGCUUCAAACACGACUACAAAUUCAAUUGAUAUACUGUCUUAUUAGUAUUCUUUAUUUAAAGAAUACUAAUGAGGACACGACUACAAUAGAUACUGCCUUAUUAGUAUUCUUUAUAUAAAGAAUACUAAUUAAGAGUGUUUUAUCAGGUUUAAAGCCACUGCACGUGACAUAUUAUGGUUGACAUGAUUUGCCUAUAAGCUUAUGAAUUAUUAAUGAUGUUUGAAUUAAAUUUAUAGCUUUUUCAUUAUAAUAUGUAUCCGUCUGUUUAAAUAUUCUAUUCCGCUGUACACUCUAAAAAUUCUUUGGUUAAAAUUUCGUGGUUAACAAAGAAAUAAUCCUUUUUCAGUUAAUUCAAUAUUCCUGGGCAAAUAUUCUGGUUAUAUUAACCUGCUUGUUUUUCCUAUUAUCUGGUUAACUUGACCAAGACUUUAUACUCCAUGGUUAAAUUAACUAGACUAUAUGCCAAGUGGAUAAGUGCAGGCUCUGGUAUAACUCUGGUUAUGUAUACAGGGUGUAUAAAAAAAGGUAAUCGAACUUCAGCGCCCAAUUGAACGUGAAUUACUCGGCUUCUGAACAGACGUUUUUCAUAUUCGGAAAGAUUAGGCUUUUUAUAGUUAUUGAAAUACAUGUUUUUCAUGCCAAGUGGAGAAUAACCUGAGUAUCAGGCCCUCGGUAUUGAAAGAGGGCCUGACACGAAACGCCUCAAAAGCCAUGUUCAACAUCCAGAAUCUGGAUGUUAUGCUGAUUGGCUAAGAGACGAUAAAACGCAUCAUGUGAUUCAAACCGGAAAUAUAUGACCGGCGUAUGUAAACACCAAAAAUAGAAUUUGUAAUUUUGUCAAUAUACUGUUAAAAGUGCUUUAUUUCUGAAAUUUAUUUUCAAUUAAUUAAGCCUAAAAAUGACAAAAUAAGUACGAAAAGACGUUGAAAACGCUUUUGCAGCAACAUUUUACUCGGUAUAAAACUAAAACUACAUAGUCAUAGUAGAAAGCGUGUCUAAAUAUCUCGCCGUAAUAGUCGCCGUAGAACGAAAAUAUGUGGAUGUCGGAAAUUUUCAAAUAUUUAGUUCCAAAAAGCUGAAGCCUUAUUUAUCAGUUUAUUGCCGAGCUGUUUUCCAAGACCUGCAAGGAUAUAGUAGUCAGCUCGCUCGAACUAAUAUGCCAACAUCAGGCAGAAAUUGAAGACAAUAGCCGCUGUGUCAGACGCAGUUGAAGCGAAUAGCUGUCUCGAACUAUUAACAUGACACGAGGACCGAGGAAGAAGAAAUCCUAUUCAGAGCGCCGAAUGUUGUCUCUUUAGACUCCUGGAAAAAGCCAUCGAGCUAUGGUUCCCCGAAUGAGGCAUAGUUUACGCUUAGAAUUCCAUCAUGUGGAUAUUUCGACAAAAACAUACCGAUUUUUCUCCGUAUUUAUUCAAAUUUAUACAAAACUGCAAAUAACGAAAUUUGCGUAUUUACAUACCUGUAGCGGACAACCGGAAAUAUGCUACAACCGGAAAUAAUUUUAAUUGGCUGAUAUUCUGGGGGUGGAAAGCCCGUAGAGGCGAAUUGUGUCAGGCUCUCUUCAAUACCGAGAGCCUGAUACUCAGGUUAAGUGGAGAAAAAAUAAGCAAGCUAGAACGAGUCCGAUAAAAAAAUGUUUGUCAGAAUCGUAUAUUUUCACCUCUGUCCCUACUUAAAGCAGUGCAUGACAAAACAAUUCGAAAAAGCAAUUAAUCACGAACUUGUCAUAGAUUAGCUUUGGUCUGUUUCUGUCGAAUUUCGGUCAGGUCGAUUGCAAUUCAAACAAUAGAUAAUGAAACUUAAUGAGUUUUGUCAUUUCAUUAUGUAUUGUCUUAAUAGCAUUCGACGCGACCAAAAUUCGACGUAUAAAGUAGACCUAACAUGUUUUUCUUUACAUGAUAAUAAUUAUGAAUAUUUGCGUGGUUUAUUGAAGUGCAAUUUACCAAUUUUAGUCAUAAAGGGGGUUAAUUUUAAAUGGUUUUAGACCCAACUCUCAACGGUGAAAAUAUGCGAUUCUGACUAUAACAUUUUUCUAUCGGAUUCGUAUUAACAUGUCAGUGCUCAUUUUUUAUCUAUUUGACAUGAAGAAAAUAUCAUUCAACUACUAAAAGUCUAGUCUUUCCAAAUAUGAAAAAUUCUUUGUCAUACGCAGAAUAAUUCAGAUGUAAUAGCGCGUUGAAGUUCGAUUAUCUUUUUGUGAUACCCUGUAUAUAUCCGCCCGGCCCGGAAUAGUCUCGUUAUUCUAAUAUUGACGUUCUUGUCAAGCAUAACUAAUCAAACUGUGAUCAUAUGGGUGGUGUCAGGUAACGAAGUAAAUGUACUUCGUUACUGUACUUGAAUAUUAUUUUUGAGAAGUCAGCAUGUAACAAAGUAUUAAGUAUACUUUUUCUGGAGUACUUUUACUUGGAACGAAGUCGUUUUAAGAAGUAAAGUUUUACUUCGUUAUUUUCAUUUUGUCGCGAAGUAUUUCGGUACUUUCUAACUUUUGUUUAAUUUUACGUGAUUUAUUUCGGAAUUAUCUUAAUUUUGGGAUGGGUAAUGGGACUUAUAUAUACAUGCGUCUGGGAUCGCUCGUUUGUGGCUUACUUAUAAGCAUUAUCUAUUUAAUUAAUGGAUUUCUUAUACCUUCAACGGGGUCCGGAAAGUACAUGAUGUCGUGAAAUAUUGUAUAUAUUAGGUGCACGCAUAUAAUGCAUGUGUUGUUUUGUGUCUCUUGAAAGUUAAUCCAUUGGAGAAGAUCCCCCUCCCCCUACACGCUACAGACAAUAGUACUUUACUUUUAAUUUUCACUUCAAGUAUUUUUUAAGGAUACUUUGUACUUUUUAGUAAAUUGUAAUCUGCAUGGUGGGUUAAUUGCAGCGUGUAAACGUUCAGUACUUUUAUAGUCACGAUUAAAAUCGUAGUAUAUAAUUUGUUGUAACUAAUAUGUUAUUACCUAUUCUUUAUCUGUAUUAAUAUUUAAAUGGCAGUCCCGCUAAGAGCGGUCCGAUGACUUUGACUUCUUUUUUAUGGCUUCGCUUGACGCCGAAACUCAUUUUACCCUUGCAGAGCUAAUUUCAAGCAAAAUAGAAGGUUGAAUUUCGGUAAAUUGUAGAACCGCGCUGAGUCAAAACGCCUGACUAUUUCCAAAUUUCAACUAGAUCAACAAGUUAAGAUACAAUUCAGGUUCCCUGUUCCAAAAAAUAAGAGCAUUUGAAUAAAUCGUGAAUAAACGACAGCAACUUGACGGCACACCGGUUUUUGCUUCUUGUUCGGUCUACAAAAUUACACUAAAAUCGAAGCCUGAGAUCUCCAAAUGGGGACCUACAAUUACGCCAAAAUGUGCUUGGCUGUAAUGAUUUAUACUUAUUUUCAGAAGAUCUGAAGAAAAACCUGCGAGUAUCAAUCUGUAUUUGGCGCGAGUUAAGAUUUUCUGGAGCCCAUAAUCAACGAUUUUGCAUAAUUUAUAGCUAAGUAACAUAUUUCUUGAGAGGCGCUAAAAGUAAACAAUUUCUUUCUGACUAACAUAUCUCAAAUGAAAGAAACUACCACAGCUAGUAAAACCCUUUUUGUAAAUAUAGUCGUAAUGUUCUUUUCCUGACACGCUGAAAGAGCUUUGUUUUUGAAUGUUAUGCCACAUUUAUUCAGUCUGACCAGAUUCAUAAAUGUCACGAACUUGUAUAUUUCAAACUAAAUAUACCAGAAUUCAGAAAGACCGAUUAUUCUUUCCUUGAUUCAGUUGAUUGAUUUAGUUGACUGAUUUAAAAAACUAUAAGUAUAAUAGAAUAUUCCACGUGUUUCCAUUCCCCCUAGCCCUAGGCCUAGAAUUUUUAUCAAUAUGUUCUAUUUUUCUGUGCCGACGGCAUAACAAAAUACGACACAAAAAUGUACAUUCGAAAUUAUGACCGACAUAUCAGAAUGUUAUUUAUGAAGUUUGAAUUGAAUUUACUUAACGCGAAAUAAAUACUAAAAUAGGAAUUUUCUAUGCUGGGUUAGUAAAAGAAAAAGCAUAAUUUUAAUUGUAUGUAAUUUCGAUGAAUACUAUAAAAAGUUAUACCCAUUGUUUAUAUAAAUUAGCUCUAACAUUUUCACAUUUAUUACGAUCGCAGCGACGUUUGUUUUAGCCAUGUUAAUGUAACAAAAUAAACUAUAAGCAAGAGAUCAGUUAUUUAACAAAAAUAUCAAUUUUAUAAAUAAUCGAAUUUCAAUUUUUUUCUUUGAAAAAAAUAUAUUCGUGAGCUCCAUAGCUGAGAAUAAAUUUCAAAAGUUUGUGAAUUAAAAUUCAAAAAUUUGAUAUUUUUGUUAAAUAACUGAUCAGAAUGCUUAUAGUUUAUUUUGUUAAGCCUGGUUCACAUAUAUGCCUGCGACGUGCCUGCGACGUCCGGCGACGAUGCCGGUGGUAGCUUAAAACGUGAAUUAUGUGAAUAUUUGUUCACCGAUUGCCUCCAGUGCCACAGUUACAUCGGCGGGAAAGUUGACUUGAGUUCAACUUUGCCGGUAUUUCGGCGGCAAUAGAGGCAUAAUGAUACAGUCGCAGGCAUGCCGCAGGCAAAUGUGAACCAGGCUUUACAUGGCUAAAACAAACGUCGCUACUAUCGUAAAUCGUAAUAAAUGUGAAAAUGUUAGCUAAUUUAUAUAAACAAUGCGUAUAAUUGUUUUAUAGUAUUCAUCGAAAUUACAUACAAUUAAAAUUAUGCUUUUUCUUUUACUAACCCAGCAUAGAAAAUUCCUAUUUUAGUAUUUAUUUCGCGUUAAGUAAAUUCAAUUCAAACUUCAUAAAUAACAUUCUGAUAUGUCGUUCAUAAAUUCGAAUGUACAUUUUUGUGUCGUAUUUUGUUAAUAUGCCGUCGCCACAGAAAAAUAGAACAUAUUGAUAAAAAUUCUAGCCCUAUACAGGGGCAAUGGAAACUCAUGGAAUGUUCUAUUAUACUUAUAGUUUUUUAAAUCAAUCAACUAAAUCCAUCAACUAAAUCAAGGAAAGAAUAAUCGGUCUUUCUGAAUUCUGAUUUGUGGUACUGAUAUUGUUGAAAUAUACAAGUUCGUGACAUUUAUGAAUCUGGUCAGACUGAAUAAAUGUGGCAUAACAUUCAAAAUCAAAGCUCUCUCAGCGUGUCAGGAAAAGAACAUUACGACUAUAUUUACAAAGAGGGUUUUACUAGCUGUGGUAGUCUCUUUCAUCUGAGAUAUGUUAGUCAGAAAGAAAAAUUGUUUACUUUUAGCGCCUCUCAAGAAAUAUGUUAAUUAGCUAUAAAUUAUACAAAAAUCAUUGAUUAUGGGCUCCAGAAAAUCUUAACUCGCGCCAUAUACGAUACCCGCAGGUUUUUCUUCAGAUCUUCUGAAAAUAAGUAUAAAUCAUUACAGCCAAGCACAUUUCAGCGUAAUUUUAGGUCCCCAUUUGGAGAUCUCAGGCUUCGAUUUUAGUGUAAUUCUGUAGACCGAACAAGAAGCAAAAACCGGUGUGCCGUCAAGUCGCUGUCGUUUAUUCACAAUUUAUUCAAAUGCUCUUUAUUUUUGGAACAGGGAACCUGAAUUGUAUCUUAACUUGCUGAUCUAGUUGAAAUUUGGAAAUAGUCAAGCGUUUUGACACAGCGCGGCUCUUCAAUUUACCGAAAUUCAACCUUCGAUUUUGCUUGAAAUUAGCUCUGCACGGGUAAAAUGAGUUUCGGCGUCUAGCGAAGCCAUAAAAAAGAAUUUUCAAAAAAUAAAUUUAUUUUGGACACUUGUAUACCAAUGCCUUUCAACACACAAAAAAUAAAGGAAAUCUAUUUUCCGAAGUCAAAGUCAUCGGACCGCUCUUAGCGGGACUGCCACUUAAGUGUGCCUGAAUAAGCUGCAUGCAUAAGAUGAUAAGAGCUAGUUGUAAGCCCCAUUGUUUCCUGCUGACCAAGUUCCAGGCUAGAGACUUGUGGCCCACGUUUUAUACCAAAAGCAACAUUGAGUGUAUUUCAUAUCUUUUAAGGUUAUUUUUAAGCUUGGAAUGACUGGUCAUGGAGAGUACGAGUUGAAUAACAUUCUUUCUGGGCUAAAUACAACAAACACAGAAUUUGUGCAUGGUUGCAUUGCAGCUGGGUGUGAUUAUCUAAGUAAUGUUAGAGGAAUAGGUAUCCACAGGGCAUUUUCCUUUGUAAAAUCUGGGAAACUGUUCGAGGAACGGAAGAAAAACCACUCACCAGCGAUUUAUGAAGAUCUCUUUCAAAUGGCACUGGCAGUCUUCCAGCACCAGUCAGUAUUUAACCCAACAUUGUUGACUGUCCAGCCAUUGAACCCAUGGACUGAGGAUCCAGGAGAUGAAGUUAAACAUUUUUGUGGACUGUAUCCAUUUUAAAUUCAUAUUAAAGCAUUACAGUAGUAGGAUUCUAAUUUUAAUGUCAUUCAUUUACAAUCCUGUGUUUAAUUUAGUUGUUGUUAGGCCUUUAAGCUACAAUGUACCCUACUUUGUUGUAUAUUUACUCUGUCUGAUACCAGACAAAUCUAUUUUUAAAAGAUGGGUACCAGUAAAUCAUUGUGCCACAUAACAGUAAAUACAAAUCAUGCAAUAUACUGUAUUAUCUAAUGAAACUAUUAUCCAAUUUAUAUCAUUUCUUUAACUGAAUGUCAAUAUAGUGUUCUGGACAAAGAGUUUGCCAAAGAGAUGGCUGCUGGAAAUAUUUGCAUGAAGAGUAAAAAUAAGGAAAAUGAUUUCCUCUAUCUUCAAUCUGUAAGUUUGGAGAAAAUUAUGUAAAUGUUUUCUUUUCUUUUUAGAAAAUGUCAUUAAGUUAAUAUUAUUUCAUGAGUUCUAUCCUGCUUUUAAACCAAUGUAGCAAAGUUGUACUGUAGUCCAUAUGACGAGCAGCUAAUUAGCUUCAAAUUUUCUUGAGCAAUUUGCAUAAGUAUUUCAAAUGGUGAGAUAGCACAACUUCAAUUAACAAUGAAACUAAUUUUGAUUUGGGAAGAGAUGUGAAAUUCCUAGGGAGAAACAGUUCUUCCCUUGGGGCAAUGAUAUUCUUUUGCUAAAUUUCCUCUGCUACAGCUUAUUAUAAUUGAGAUUGUCUUAUUCUUUAGAUAUCAGCACCAGACACAUCUGCACCAGAAGUAUCUGUGCCAGAAGUACCUAAAAAAGGAAUCAGUGCAUUAACCAUUGUGGAUGUUGGCACUUCAUGGUUCACUUGGACUAUCCCAUGUUUUCCUGACAUGUCAGUUGACUUUGUCAGAGUGAAAGCAUCUAUUAAUGAUACCCAUGUGGAUUGUUUAAUAAAAAAAGAUGCAAAUAUUCACCUUGGUGAAUUGUGUUGUACAUCAUAUUGUACAAUUUCAAUUGAAAAGAAGGAGUACACUGUUUUGUGGGAAUUCACACAACCCGAAGUUGGCCGUGCACAUGUUUUACAUGAUAGUAUUAAUAUUGAAAGUGAUGACGAAAGCAAUAUUGAUGUCCACCAUUCACUGCCAUUGAAAGUUCUGGGUACCUGCAAAUCUGUAGAGCGACAGAGUAUACUGGAGGAAGCUAACAGCUACCUGAAUGAAUAUAAUCGGCCAGUUUUUGUUCAGCUUGAAAGGGAACCAGACAAUGCUCAUGACAGUAAUAGACCAUCAGCUAUGGGCCGAAAAUCGGCCAGUAUGGCUCAAUCAAUGGGAACAACUAAAACCUAUGUCAAUUUGAUCAUUGUCUAUUACGCUUUUCAGAAAUGUAUGAUAGCAAGUGUAGAUCGGUAG